AUGGCGCUCUGCCGGGGCCCUGUUCCACCGGCAAAUUGUACAAUUUGUGUGAAAAACGCAGCCCAUGUGAUUUCUCAAACAUGUCCUAACCAAAUGGAAGCAGCAGGGUGGUACCAUGAUUGUCAAAUUCUUUACUCAAACAAAACUAUUCAAGGCGUAGGAGAUACUUCUGCCAGGAUACUUUAUUUCAACACUGGAAAAGCCUCAGACCCGAUUGAGUUUAAUCAGGCAGUUGGGGAGUUGUUGAAUGGUUUGAGACAAAAGCUAACUGAAACAGGGACUCCAACUCUCAAGUCUGAAUAUGGAGUAAAAAAGGUCCCAAACAGUAACAUAGACAUAUAUGGGCUGCUUGAUUGUUUUCAUGAUUUGAGUUCGUUGGAUUGUGAUAAAUGCCUCAUCCGGCUUCAAUCUAUUCUUCCUUCUUGUUGUAAUGCAAGUUUAGGGGCUAGAUUCAUGGCAGGUAGUUGCCAACUCAACUAUGAGAUUGUUCCUAUUUAUGCCGCCAUACUUCCAUCUCCCAUCGCACCGUCGCCUGAUAAUGCAUGGAAAAACUGGAAGGCAGGAAUACCGGUAAACGUGAUAGAUCCAAAACUAAAAGAUGGUUCUACUUUUGAAAUGAUGAGAUGCAUUCAUAUCGGACUAUUAUGUGUUCAAGAAAAUGCUGUAGAUCGACCGACAAUGGCUUCUGUGGUUUUGAUGCUUAAUAGUUCCUCUUUCACUCUUUCUGUGCCCUCGGAACCGGCGUUCUUUAUGCACAGUAAUAUUGAAGAAGCUAACAAUGUGGUAAAACCCAAUGAUGGUCACAUGAAAAGCACAUCUCUUGAGCCAUCAGUCAAUGAAGUUUCAAUUACUGUGCUUCGUCCUCGCUAG